UCCAUAGUAGGAAGCUGCUGCUUGCUGCUAUAAUCUUAGACUGUGGUAAUGGGGGAGGCUGACGAUGCUAGGGAUGCGGUGGUGGAAGAGAUGGAUAUUGAUGGUGGCGACAGGCACCGGGGCAAGGGCAGGAGGGACAGGCACAGGAGGGAGGACAAGGAUCACCAUGGCAGUGGGAGGAGAGACAAGGAUAAGGACAAAGAUAAGGAUGAGAGCAGGAGGGACAAGGAUGAUACCAAGCAUAGGGAUCGGGAUAGGGAGAGGGAAAGCGACAUGGAUAACAACAAGCACAGGGACAGGGAUUCAGAGCGUGACCGUGAUCGCGAGAAGGACCGAAAAAGGGAUACAGAGAGGGGGCGGGAAAAGGAAAAGGAACGGAGGGAUAGAGACAAGGACAGGAGCUGUAACAGAGAAAAGAACAAGAAGGAGGAUAGGGAACGGGAGAAGCCGAGGGGAAAGGACCGUGGAGAAGAUGCAGAUUUGUCUAAGGGUGAUGAGGGAGACCAGAAGAAGGGAGUUGACUUCCCAGGAGAGUCUGACCAGGCCUCUACAAAUGCCCUCCGGGACCGCAUUGCGAGAAUUGGUUCAUUACUAAAUGCAGAUAACAUGCGGGAGCGACUAGGAGGACCUGAACAUGAGGGAGGAAACAAGCCGAAGUGAGGCCACAAUGGCUUUGGGUGGCGCACAAGUGCUCCAGGUGACCAAGAAAUGCGGCAUCCACGAUGUACGGUGACAUGACCGGGCAGGAGGGCACAAGGGAGAGGGCUAGAGAGGAUAAAGUAAAUGUGGCAUCACUAUUAUCAUGCUCGCGUGGUCAGUGAAGACAUAAGAAAACGGACACGUGACAUCCACCGUUGCCAGCACACACAUAGUACAGGAGGAAGUGGAGAUGUACAUUAUACUCCAUAAAGAUGCAUAUGACGCACACAUAGUCAAUUAUAAUGAUAUUUAAUAUUAA